UAGGAUUUGGAGUUCCAUGGAGUGAUGAGAUUUUAUUUUCAAGAUAAAGCUGCUGGAAACUUUGCAACAAAAUGUAUUCGGGUCUCUAGUACUGCCACCACUCAAGAUGUAAUCGAAACACUAGCAGAGAAAUUCCGCCCUGAUAUGCGAAUGUUGUCAUCUCCCAAGUAUUCGCUCUAUGAAGUGCAUGUCAGUGGAGAAGAAAGAAGAUUGGAUAUAGAUGAAAAACCCCUAGUUGUGCAAUUGAAUUGGAAUAAAGAUGAUCGAGAGGGCAGAUUUGUUCUUAAGAAUGAGAAUGAUGCCAUUCCUCCUAAGAAGGUUCAAAGUAAUGGACCUGAAAAGCAGGAAAAAGAAGGUGUUAUCCAGAACUUCAAGAGAACUCUCUCAAAGAAAGAAAAGAAGGAAAAAAAGAAGAGAGAAAAAGAAGCAGUGAGACAGGCAUCUGAUAAAGAGGAUAGACCUUUCCAAGGGGAUGACAUUGAGAAUUCUCGACUGGCUGCCGAGGUUUACAAAGACAUGCCUGAAACCAGCUUUACCCGAACAAUUUCGAAUCCCGAGGUGGUUAUGAAACGACGGAGGCAGCAAAAGCUGGAAAAGAGAAUGCAGGAAUUUCGGAGCUCAGAUGGGCGACCUGAUUCAGGUGGAACACUGAGAAUUUAUGCAGAUAGUUUAAAACCAAAUAUUCCCUACAAGACAAUCCUGCUGUCUACUACAGACCCUGCAGACUUUGCUGUGGCUGAAGCUUUGGAGAAGUAUGGUCUGGAAAAAGAAAACCCUCAGGAUUACUGCAUUGCCCGGGUUAUGCUUCCUCCUGGAGCCCAGCAUUCUGAUGAAAAAGGUGCUAAAGAAAUUAUCCUUGAUGAUGAUGAGUGUCCUUUACAAAUCUUCAGGGAAUGGCCAAGUGACAAAGGGAUUUUAGUCUUUCAGUUGAAGAGGAGGCCACCAGACUGUAUCCCAAAGAAAACUAAGAAACACAGCGAUGGGAAGCCAGUGAAGGGAAAGGAGAGAGCUGAUGGGUCUGGCUAUGGCUCGGCACUUCCACCUGAAAAACUGCCCUAUCUGGUAGAGUUAAGCCCAGAUGGUUCUGACUCCAGAGAUAAGCCAAAGCUUUACCGCCUUCAGUUAAGUGUUACUGAGGUUGGGACAGAAAAGUUCGAUGACAACUCUAUCCAGUUGUUUGGUUCAGGAAUUCAGCCCCAUCACUGUGACCUCACGAACAUGGACGGAGUUGUCACUGUCACACCAAGAAGUAUGGAUGCUGAGACUUACGUGGAAGGACAGCGCAUCUCAGAGACAACCAUGCUGCAGAGCGGGAUGAAAGUGCAGUUCGGGGCGUCUCACGUGUUUAAGUUUGUGGACCCCAGCCAGGACCACGCUCUCACAAAAAGACCUGUGGACGGAGGCGUGACGGUUAAGGGUCCCAGACAUAAACCUGGAGUUGUUCAGGAGACAACUUUUGAUUUAGGAGGAGAUGUUCAUAGUGGAACAGCAUUACCAACAAGCAAGAGUACCACAAGACUGGACAGUGACAGAGUACCGUCUGCCUCCAGCACAGCGGAGCGAGGGACAGUGAAGCCAAUGAUCAGAGAACAGCAGCAGGAUUAUCGCAGGCAAGAAAGCAGAACUCAGGAUGUUCCUGGGCCUGAACUGAUAUUGCCUGCAAGCAUUGAAUUCAGGGAAAGUUCUGAAGAUUCCUUUUUAUCUGCCAUUAUCAAUUAUACCAAUAGCUCUACAGUCCAUUUUAAAUUGUCCCCUACGUAUGUAUUAUAUAUGGCCUGUCGGUAUGUAUUGUCAAGCCAGUACAGACCUGAUGUCAGUCCUACAGAACGUACGCAUAAGGUGAUUGCAAUAGUCAACAAGAUGGUGAGCAUGAUGGAAGGAGUGAUCCAGGAAGUAGACCAGGUUGAUCAGAAACAGAAGAAUAUUGCAGGGGCUCUUGCUUUCUGGAUGGCAAAUGCGUCUGAACUUCUCAACUUCAUCAAGCAGGACCGAGAUCUCAGUCGAAUCACACUGGAUGCCCAAGACGUUUUAGCACACUUGGUUCAAAUGGCGUUUAAGUAUCUGGUUCACUGUCUUCAAUCAGAACUGAAUAAUUACAUGCCAGCCUUUCUGGAUGACCCUGAAGAGAACAGUCUGCAAAGACCAAAAAUAGAUGAUGUUUUGCACACGCUCACGGGAGCGAUGUCUUUGCUGCGGCGCUGCAGAGUCAAUGCUGCCCUGACCAUCCAGCUCUUCUCGCAGCUCUUCCAUUUUAUCAAUAUGUGGCUCUUCAACAGAUUGGUAACUGACCCUGAGUCAGGACUGUGCUCUCACUACUGGGGGGCAAUCAUCCGCCAGCAGCUAGGACACGUUGAAGCGUGGGCAGAGAAGCAGGGAUUAGAGCUGGCAGCCGAUUGCCACCUCAGCAGGAUAGUGCAGGCAACCACUUUACUUACAAUGGAUAAGUAUGCACCUGAUGACAUUCCAAAUAUAAACAGCACCUGCUUUAAGUUAAAUUCACUACAGCUUCAAGCCUUACUACAGAAUUAUCACUGUGCACCCGACGAGCCUUUUAUCCCCGCGGAUCUGAUAGAAAACGUAGUGGCUAUGGCUGAAAAUACAGCUGAUGAACUGGCACGCAGUGAUGGGAGGGAAGUACAGCUGGAAGAGGACCCUGAUCUGCAGCUGCCUUUUCUUUUGCCAGAAGACGGCUAUUCUUGUGAUGUUGUCAGAAACAUUCCAAAUGGUUUGCAAGAAUUUUUAGACCCUUUGUGCCAGAGAGGAUUUUGCAGGUUAAUUCCUCAUGCACGUUCACCAGGUACUUGGACAAUAUAUUUUGAAGGUGCAGAUUAUGAAAGUCACCUUAUGCGUGAGAACACAGAACUGGCUCAACCUCUGAGGAAAGAACCUGAAAUAAUCACUGUGACCCUAAAAAAGCAGAAUGGAAUGGGCCUUAGCAUUGUUGCAGCAAAGGGCGCUGGUCAGGAUAAACUUGGAAUCUAUGUCAAGUCUGUUGUGAAAGGAGGUGCUGCAGAUGUGGACGGACGACUAGCUGCAGGUGACCAGCUGCUCAGUGUAGAUGGACGAAGUCUGGUAGGACUCUCUCAAGAAAGGGCAGCAGAACUCAUGACAAGAACAAGUUCUGUGGUAACACUAGAAGUAGCAAAGCAAGGAGCGAUUUAUCACGGUCUUGCUACCCUGCUCAAUCAGCCAUCCCCAAUGAUGCAAAGAAUUUCAGAUCGUCGUGGCUCAGGUAAACCCCGACCAAAGAGUGAAGGUUUUGAGCUCUAUAAUAAUUCAGCUCAAAAUGGGUCACCUGAGAGCCCUCAGCUGCCGUGGGCAGAAUAUAGUGAACCAAAGAAAUUACCUGGCGAUGACAGACUAAUGAAGAACAGAGCUGAUCACCGCUCCAGCCCCAACGUAGCAAAUCAGCCUCCUAGUCCUGGAGGGAAAAGUGCAUAUGCCCCUGGAACGACAGCUAAGAUCACGUCUGUCUCUACUGGGAACCUCUGCAGUGAGGAACAGACCCCUCCACCUAGACCUGAAGCCUACCCCAUCCCCACUCAGACGUACACUAGAGAGUAUUUCACCUUCCCGGCUUCCAAAUCCCAGGACCGGAUGGCUCCUCCUCAAAACCAGUGGCCGGAUUAUGAGGAAAAGCCGCACGUGCACACCGACAGUGAUCACUCCAGUGUUGCAGCUCAGCGUGUUACCCGUUCCCAAGAGGAACUUCGGGAAGAUAAAGCUUAUCACCUCGAGCGGCAUCAAAUGGAGGCAGUUAUGGAUCGCAAGGCUGAGAGUGAGAUGUGGAUAAAUCAGAACUCGUCCAUGGGCUCUAGUACCUCCAGCCAAGAGCACCUGGACCACUCCUCCAAGGCGGGCACCCCUGCUUCCACUCUGACCAAAAGCGGCCCUGGGCGCUGGAAGACACCAGCGGCUGUGCAGCCCAUGCCAGUGGCUGUCUCCCAGCCUAUUCGAACAGACCUGCCCCCACCACCCCCUCCGCCUCCCGUCCACUAUGCCAGUGAUUUUGACGGAAUUCCCAUGGAUUUGCCUCUCCCACCCCCUCCUUCUGCCAGUCAGAUAGGACCUCAGCCUGCUCAGGUGGCUGCUGCAGAACGGAAGAAGAGAGAAGAACAUCAGCGGUGGUAUGAGAAGGAAAAGGCCCGUCUAGAGGAGGAGCGGGAGAGAAAACGGAGGGAGCAGGAGAGAAAACUGGGCCAGAUGCGCACCCAAGCAUUAAACCCCACUCAGUUUCCGCCUCUGACCGCCCAACAGAUGAAGCCGGAGAAGCCUUCCACACUCCAGAGGCCCCAGGAAACAGUCAUUCGGGAACUACAGCCCCAGCAGCAGCCCCGCACGAUUGAGCGCAGAGACUUACAGUACAUCACAAUCAGCAAAGAGGAGCUCUCCUCAGGGGACAGUCUGUCUCCAGACCCGUGGAAGCGGGACGCCAAGGAGAAGCUUGAGAAGCAGCAGCAGAUGCACAUUGUGGAUAUGCUGAGCAAAGAGAUCCAAGAACUGCAGAGCAAGCCUGACCGCACCGCCGAGGAGAACGACCGCCUGCGGAAACUCAUGCUGGAGUGGCAGUUCCAGAAGAGACUCCAGGAGUCUAAGCAGAAGGACGAGGACGAUGAGGAAGAGGAAGACGACGAUGUGGACACCAUGCUGAUCAUGCAGCGCCUCGAGGCCGAGCGAAGAGCACGGCAGACUGCUCUGCCAGCAAUCUCUGUUCUAGAUUUGUUACAGGAUGAGGAGCGGAGACGGCAACAGCAGCUAGAAGAGAUGCGUAAGCGGGAAGCAGAAGACCGAGCCAGACAGGAGGAAGAGCGACGCCGCCAGGAGGAGGAACGAAUAAAACGGGAUGCUGAAGAAAAGAGGCGACAGGAAGAAGGGUAUUACAGCCGCCUGGAAGCCGAAAGGCGCAGACAGCACGACGAGGCCGAGCGCAGGUUGCUGGAGCCUGAGGAGCCGGGUCUGUGCAGACCUCCGCUUCCACGGGGCUACGAGCUCCCAUCCCCGUCCCCUCCGGCUAACGCUCCUCCUCCCCCACCUCAGCGAACCGCCUCUUACCUCCAGACGCAGGUCCUCUCCCCCGACUCUCUGUACACCGCCAAGUUUGUUGCAUACAACGAGGAGGAGGAGGAGGAGGAGGAGCACUGCAGUCUAGCAGGACCAAACUCUUACAUGGGAUCUACUGGGACAGUUAUCGGUGCCCAUGAUGUUUAUCGGGAUUCAAGAGAGAAACUGUCUAAAAGCCAAGAUGCAGAUUUACCUGGAAGUUCUGGAGCCCCUGAAAACUUGACGUUCAAAGAGCGCCAGCGUCUUUUUUCACAAGGUCAAGAUGUGUCCAAUAAAGUAAAAGCCUCUCGUAAAUUAACAGAACUGGAAAACGAACUGAACACAAAAUGA